AUGGACCAAGGGGGGUCGGAUCGGCCGUCCGAGUUGGAUCUGGAACUGCUGCGCAUCCAAAUUGAAACCGAUACUUAUGUAACCACCUGGGAAUUGGGAGCCACACUGGGGGAGCCAUUCCACUAUCUAAAAAGCGGGACGACUUGAACAUCACGAGACUUGGCAAUACCGAAAAAUCAUUUUUUUCAUAAUAAAUUUCAUAACAAAUAAAAAAAGUAGAAUAAUUGACAAGUUUAAAUUUUGCGUGCAUUCAACUAAAAAAAUCAUCGAGCUUUUUAGAAAAUUCACAAUUGUAAAAAAAUUUUUUUAGAGAAUUAAUUUUUGAAAAACCAGUUCGAAUAAUAGGUGUCUGCAUGAAGAAAUUGAAGUUUUUCAGAGCUUAUCGAACCAGUUUUCACUAUAAAUUUAAUUUUUGGCGUUUUUUUGAAAAGAGUUCUUGAAUAAAAAGAUCGAUUUGAAAAAAAUUUUUUUCGAAAAACUGAAAAAAACUUGAACCAAAAAAAAUAAUUGUAGAGAAAAAUGUGUAUCGAUUAUAAAAAAAGGCCAAAGUCGUCCAGCGAGCAGAAAACAAGGAGAAGGACUGCAGAAUCGAACACUCGGAUCCUUCGGUCAGGUCGGCGGCCGAUUUCGCGGGUUUUUUUUACCUCCUCAGGCCCCUAGUUUUGACUUACCGACCUUAAGAAACUUCCUCAUAUAGAUGGACUUAUGAUCACAUCCAUUUCCUUGAAUUUUUUUAAUCAAGAAAAUCUGUAAAAUUUGCAUCUUCAAAGCCUUGACAUUUCAAACAAUCUUCAGAUCAUGUUUCCAUACCUCUUUCACAUAAAUAAAAUAAUAUUCUAGAUGUUUCUCAUAGUUAUUUUACAUCAAUUCUGCGACAAGAAAAUUCCAAGUAUUUUAUUUUUGAUGUAGAAUCUCUCUAAGACCGAAGCUUGAGGUUUUUUUAAUGUUUUUCAAAUUUAUUGAUUAUUUUUCUGCCAACUUUUUUUCGGCUCAUAUCAGUUUCAAACAAUUGUUUGUCUUACAAAGAAGUGAUUUGAAACCCGUGUUUCCACAUAAUUUUCUUCUCUCGAUCUUCUUUGUCAUUUUUUUUUCUCCCUGUAUUUUCAGACCUUCAGAAAGUUUGAUUAUAAUAGAAUCUGUUUUUUUAUCCGAGUUGGACGUUUUGAAAAACAAAGUCUUACUUCUCAUCUUCAAAGCUUUCAGCGCACAAAACUCAAAGCUUCACUGGGCUUUAAAAAGUUUGGGACCGAGAUCAGUUUCUUCAAAGUCUCAAUCACUCGCCGAAAUAUUUUUUUCCGUAAUAUGUUCAAAAAAAUUUCAGAAAUCUUUGGAAAAAGAUGAAACUGUGUAAAUUUCUGAGGAUCUGAAUUUAAUUUUUCAUUUUCUGAGAAUCAAAGAAAAAAAUAGCUGUCAUGGAAAUAAAAUUUAUUUCUCAGUAGUGAAUAUGAUUCACUUUUAAUCAAAAACACGUUUUUCCUUUUUGAAUAUUUCAAUUUAUCCGUUUAGAAAUCAAAAAAACUUACUUAAUAUUCUUUUAAAGAUUUCAACAACCCAUAUAAAGUUUUUUCCAUUUUCUUUGCAUUUCUUCAAGAAAAAUUAUUUUAUUGAUUUUCAAAAUGAUUAGAAACCUUUUAUAUUUUCCAUAUAUUCGAAGUACGCUAAUUAUUUUUCCCCAAAUAAUUUAUUUUUUCUUGUUUGAUGUGGUAGAAAUUUUCAGAUUUGUGAGGGGUCUUCUUUAUGUAGAUACUUGAAGGGAGUGCAAUGGAGCGCACAAUCUACGAGAAAAGCCGACUCCACAGCAAGCACAACGCCUGCUUUCCUUUUUUUCCUGUCAAGUUUUUAAAAAGGUUUGAAAGCAUUCUUUUUUUGUCAUCCAUAAGAAUUUGUCACCAAAUAUGAAAUUUCCCUGUUCGCUUUCAUGAAUGUAUUUUAUUUUUCAGGCCUUACUUUCUUGAUGGAUAUUAAUUUAUGGAAUCGACUCCAUUUGGCCUGGGAUGUGAUUCGAUGGGGACGGGUUGUACCGGAUGUUUCUGAAGUCUUGAAGGUAUUCUUUUGCAUCCAACUCAAAUUAUUAGGAAAUUCGAUUUGAGGUAUUCCACGAAGUUUCUCUAACGACAGCUGAAACAAAAUUGUGGCUGGCCCAGCAGUACGCAAAUGUUGAUAAUUUCUCAGAGCAGCAGCACCAGUUCUUCUGGAAGUUGUUACAUGAAUUAAUCUGGUAUUUUUCUUUCAAUUUUCCGGUUAACUUAAAUUGUUUGCAGCUCGCACUGGGAAGAAUUAAAUUGCGAGACAAAAAUCCACAUGCAGCAGGAAAUUUGCGGCAAAACUAUUUAUUUCGAACAAUAUGAUGCGGUUCGUUUUUUUUAAUUGUUCUAUUCAUAUAAAAAAACUUUUCAGGCUACUCGAGAAUUCCAAAUACAAGUGAUUUGUGAAAUAAUGAAACAUGAAUGGCCUCACAAUAGUCCCGGCGUUUUUGGUUUUCAUCAUUUCAAGAAUCGAAGAAGGUUUAUGAUAGCUCAAUUUUAUUUGUACUUUUUUUCAAAAAAAUGUUCUGUUCAGAUUCCAAUUUAUUUGGAAUGUUUCUCAUGGUUUGGCGGCGGAUGUUCGAAGAUUGCCUGAAGCAUAA